GAUUCGGUUACUUUUCGAUAUCAAUACAUCAGAACAACAGGCAGAACCGAUUUCACUUAGUGGUGACGAAGAAGAGGACGAUGAAAUAGAUCCUGGUAAAGGUGCAUUAGGAUUCGAAUCAAUAAUCGCCGAUGGUGUUUUUCUUAUAAACUUUGUAUCAUAUUAUCAAGAUGCUAAAUUAGCUGGUGAUUGGACAGCUGAGGCCGAUUGGAAGAGAAGAGGGUAUUAUCCUGGCCCGUCGUUUGAAACUUUAGAUAAU